AUGCCGCUGUCCAACUGCAAGAUUUCCCGCUACCACCCAUUCACCCCCGGCUUCGGCUAUCGUCACUCACUAGUAAACGCACGACCAACAGGCUCACUAUGGACCGACGGUGGCGACACGAUCCACAUUUACGGUCCCUUCUACGCUGAGGAUGACACCCUCCUCGCUGCCUACCCUUCGCGCUCCGAGAGCCAGGACGCCAUCAACUUUCGCGUUGUCGGCUGUGCUCGCACGUGUUCUGGUACCAAGUUGCUCGACAUCAAGUCGAAGCCCUCCGACCCCACGCAGAGAUUCACUUACGGCGAGGUGUCAAUCGGCUACCUCAAGCCGAGCUCUGCACGAGCGAAAGAGCGAUGA